UGCUCCUCCGUCGAGCCGCCAUGUUGUCGGAGUGAAAGCCUGGGGUGUCAGAGAGAAACUGGGGCCGAAAUCCGCGUCCAUCCACCCUCUCCGCCGGCUGUGGUGGAAUGAGCAGUGUGUGUGUGUUGAAGAGGAAAGCAGUGCUCUGGCAGGAUUCAUUCAGCCCCCACCAUAGAACUACAUCUCCCAGCAUGCCCGUGGUGCUGAGCAGCGGAGGACAUGCCCCUCCAACUGGGCAGACCCCUCAGGCCACACCCCCCAGCCAGCAGGGUGUGGCGGGUGCUGGACGUUCCCAGGAUGAUGCCAUGGUAGAUUAUUUCUUCCAGCGGCAGCACGGUGAACAGCCCGGCAAACAUCGCUGGCCCACUGGAGACAACAUCCAUGACAGCCAGGUGCGGUCCAUGGACGAGUUGAACCAUGACUUUCAGGCUCUGGCUCUGGAGGGACGCGCCAUGGGAGAGCAGCUGCUAACUGGUAAGAAGUUCUGGGAGACAGAUGACUCUGGGAAGGAUGGACCAAAAGGGAUCUUUCUGGACCAGUGGAGGGACAGUGCAUGGGGUGCCUCAGAUCACUCGGUGUCUCAGCCAAUCAUGGUGUCCCGUCGGCCCGGGCAAGGUUUCCAUGGCGGAGGUGAAGUCGGGGUGGGCUCAGUGAUGUCACCGCGCUCUGAAAGUGGCGGGCUGGGGGUUAGCAUGGUGGAGUACGUUCUCUCCUCCUCGCCGGCUGACAAACUGGAUUCCUGCCUUCGAAAAGGACCCUAUGGGCAGAGGGACGGAGAGGUGGAGGAGGAGAAGAGGGAGAAGCCAAAGGCAACUUUUGAAGGAGAGAAGUUGAAAGAGUUGACGGAAGUUGAAGCUGAUAACAUUAAUGACGUCAUCAACCCAAAUGGGCUGCCCGUGCAGAACGGCCUCGACGUCGACGUCAAAGAGUUCGGUCGUCCCCCAGGCAACAUGCCGGCCCCUGGUCCCGAGGGCGACCUGCUUGGAGGUCCCGGGGGAGUAGGUGCUGAUGGCCUAACAACCCUGGGAGGGGGUGGAGGCCCCAAACCCCCUGAGGACUUCUCUGGCGUGGAACAAGGCAGUGUCACCAUGGACCCCAUGGAGUCUGUGAUGGAGCCGCUUCAGUUUGACUACAACUCCCAGAUGCCCAUGGACUCUGCGCCCACCGUGGGCUUAUUUGAUUACACCAACCAGCAGCAGCUGUUUCAGAGAAACAACGCCCUAGCAGUGCAGCAGUUAACAGCAGCCCAGCAACAGCAGUACGCCUUGGCAGCAGCACAGCAGCCUCACAUUGGUCUGGCUCCAGCAUUUGUGCCCAAUCCUUACAUCAUCAGUGCGGCUCCACCAGGGACAGACCCCUACGCAGCCGGACUAGCAGCAGCAGCGACACUUGGUCCGGCAGUCAUGCCUCCCCAGUACUACGGUGUGACCCCCUGGGGGGUCUACCCUGCCAACCUUUUCCAGCAGCAGGCGGCUGCAGCCAACAACUCGGCCAAUCAGCAGGCGGCAAACCAGGGCCAGCAGAACCAACAGCAGGUGAUGCGUGCUGGAGGCAACCAGCGACCUUUGACCCCCAGCCAAGGUCAACAGGGUCAGCAAAAUGACCAGCUGGUUGCAGCAGCAGCAGUCAACUCAGCUCUCGCCUUUGGGCAGGGGUUAGCAGCAGGCGUCCCUGGCUAUCCAGUCUUGGCCCCUGCAGCCUACUAUGAUCAGACAGGAGCCCUCGUGGUCAACACUGGAGCGAGGAGUGGCCCUGUCCGCCUCAUGGCCCCUGCCUCCGUCAUCAUAUCUCCCUCUGCAGCACAAGCAGUUGCAGCAGCAGCAGCCUCCGCAGGUGGUGCCAACGGUGGUCUGGGCGGUGGAGCCAACGGUCCAUUUCGUGCCAUGACAUCUCAGCAGCCUCAGCAGCAGGGUGGCCCUGGUGGUGCUCUGGGAGGAAGCUCCUUCUACGGAUCCUCGUCCCUCAGCUCCUCCUCCCAAAGCUCCUCUCUUUUUUCACAAGGUUCUGGCCAGCCUGGACCAGGUUCUGCCUCUCUGGGCUUCAGCCAGCAAGCCUCGUCCUCCCUCGGCGCCACACUGGGGGCCACGCUGGGGGGCUUCGGCACUGCAGUGGCCAACUCGAGUGGUGGCAGCGGCUCCAGGCGGGACUCCCUGACAGGCAACAAUGAGCUGUACAAACGCACGCCCUCCAGCCUCACUCCAAUUGGGCACGGAGGCUUCUAUAAUGGCACCUUGGGCUUCAGUCCCUCCCCUGGCCCUGUGGGCAUGCCCCUACCCAACCAGGGCCCCUCCCAUUCCCUCACACCCCCCCCUUCCCUGUCCAAUCACAGCUCCUCGUCCAACCUCAAUCUUGGAGGGCUGACGAACGGCAGCGGGCGUUUCAUCUCUGCAGCUCCAGGAGCAGAGGCCAAGUAUCGAAGCGCCGCCAGCUCAGGCUCCUCCCUCUUUUCACCUAGCAGUCAGCUGUUCCCGUCGUCACGGUUACGCUAUGGCAUGUCUGAUGUGAUGCCAUCAGGGCGGAGCCGCCUGCUGGAGGACUUCAGGAACAACCGCUAUCCCAACCUGCAGCUCAGAGACAUUGCUGGCCACAUCAUGGAGUUCAGCCAGGACCAGCACGGCAGCAGGUUUAUCCAGUUGAAAUUGGAGCGAGCCAGUUCAGCGGAGCGUCAGCUUGUCUUCAGUGAGAUACUGCAGGCGGCCUACCAGCUCAUGGUGGAUGUCUUUGGGAAUUACGUCAUUCAGAAGUUCUUUGAGUUCGGCAGCCUGGACCAGAAGUUGGCUCUGGCAGAGAGGAUCCGAGGUCAUGUGCUGUCUCUGGCGCUGCAGAUGUACGGCUGCAGGGUCAUUCAGAAAGCUCUGGAGUUCAUCCCCUCUGAUCAGCAGGUCAUUAGCGAGAUGGUGCGGGAGCUGGACGGCCAUGUGCUAAAGUGCGUGAAGGACCAGAACGGUAACCACGUGGUGCAGAAGUGUAUCGAGUGUGUCCAGCCUCACGCGCUGCACUUCAUCAUUGACGCCUUUAAGGGACAGGUCUUCGCCCUCUCCACUCACCCUUAUGGCUGCCGAGUCAUCCAGCGCAUUCUCGAACACUGCCUUCCUGAACAGACGCUGCCUAUACUGGAGGAGCUCCAUCAACACACAGAGCAGCUGGUGCAGGACCAGUACGGAAACUAUGUUAUCCAGCACGUUUUGGAGCACGGCCGAGCUGAGGAUAAGAGCAAGAUAGUGGCUGAGAUCAGAGGCAACGUACUGGGGCUCAGCCAGCACAAGUUUGCCAGUAAUGUGGUGGAGAAGUGUGUGACCCACGCGUCACGGGCAGAACGGGCAGUGCUGAUAGACGAGGUGUGCAGCCUGACUGAGGGCCCCCACAGUGCCUUAUACACCAUGAUGAAGGACCAGUACGCCAACUACGUGGUGCAGAAGAUGAUCGACGUGGCCGAGCCCACCCAGCGCAAGAUCGUAAUGCACAAGAUCCGGCCUCACAUUUCCACUCUAAGGAAGUACACGUAUGGAAAACACAUCCUGGCCAAGCUGGAGAAGUACUACAUGAAGAACGGCGUUGACCUGGGUCCUCUCUGCGGCCCUCCCAAUGGCAUCAUGUAAACUGUCUCCCCCUCCCCUCCAGCCUGAAAUCAUGUCUACCACCUCCCUCCCCCCCCCCCUCCCUUCACCUCACCCUCCUUCAAGCUGUCAUGUCUGCCAGCCCCACCCUCCCUUCCCUGUCUGACCCUUCAGAGGGCGUCAUGCCCACUUUCCCCCUCCAAAUCAUGCUCACAGAAGACGUCGAGCACCCCUCGUACCCUUGUUUCCAUGACAACCUUCGGGAGGAGCCUGUUGCUACAGGCAGCCUUAGUUUUUUGUCAGAUUUUGUUCCCCCUCCCCCACCCGAGCCCAGGCCCACUGAACUGGGGGGGGGAGGGAGGGCAGGGAGUGGAGAGGGAGGUGAGACCUGGUCUGCUCAUCACUCCACUCCCUCUUUUUUUUCUUUCGUUUCUUCUUUUCUGAUAAACUCAAAAAUCAUUUCACUUUUUGCUACUGCUGCACACACAAUCCUUGUGUCCCCUCCUCCCCCCUCCCUAGCUAUUUACCACUAUGAGAUGGAACGAGUAUUUAAUUUGUCAGACGUCACAGAAUCAUAGACGAAUACAUGCACACAUGCACACACACACACACACACACACACACACACACACAACAAACACACACAAACACACACGCCAUCAGCUAACCAGCAGACAGAUCAUUUAGCAUGGGAGAUUCGUUUUCUGGUCUUGCUUCUAUAAAUAUAACGUGUAUACUUGGUGUAGACCUUUGCAUAUAUAUAUAAAUAUAUAUAUAUAAAACUUUGUAGUUUUUCUGGUUUUUGAUGUUGAAUCUGUAUCUAUAAUGUAUCCUAGUAGUGACCACAUACUUCUGACUGUAUAAUUGUACAUUUGUAAACCCUUGUAAUGUAAAAGUGCUUUACCACCCUUUUUGGUAUGAUAAGAAAAAAAGAAAAAAGCUCACUCUGGAAAAAAAAAAAUCUUAGAAAAAAAACCCUGUGCAUUUCAGUGUAUAUUCUCACCUCCUUGGUUGUGACAUAUGAGUUGUUGUAUAUUGUAAAUUGUAAUAUCAAAUUUUUGUUUUGAAAAGCCCUUUCUAUACAGCGUAGUACUUGUACAAAGAUUCGCCACGCUUGGUUUUAUCUUUAUCUUGUCACUGCUUAACUUAAGACGUCGAUCUCCCACUGACUCCCAAUUGGACACGUUUUGUUAGACUUAGUGGUGUCUUCUGGU